UAUAUAGCUGAAAGAGGUCAUGAGCUUCUCCGAUCACUCUCUCCUCACCUCCACUUCUCCCUCCCCCUCCCAAUUCCAUAUUUCCCUCCCCUCUUCCAAACCCUCGCCGGCGGCCCUUCCGCCGCCGUCCUCUCCCACCUUCCUCCACCGCACGCCCCCGAUCUCGAACACCCGAUGGUUCCGCCAAUUGAUUCACCGGAAGACCUCCGCCGUCGACGAAGAUCACGGCGCCGUUCCGACGCCGGUGGAGUGCUACGCCUGCACCCAACCCGGCAAUCCGGCGUUCCAUUCCACCAGCUGCGGUCGCGCGCAGGCUCCCCAGUGGCGCGCCGGAGCCGGAUCUUCCCUAAUCCCCAUCGGCGGCGUCGGCUCUCUUCCGCCGCCAUUGCAGGCGGCGGUAACCGCUCGAGGUCCCUUCGGAUCGGUUCUUGAUCCCCGGAGCCCGGCGGUUCACUACACGCUUUGGGCCGGUCGGGCCGGCGUGGGAUGCGUGGGGAUGAACCGGGGGUUGGCCGCGGCUGGGGCUGCGGGUGGCCCGUGGUACGGUGCGGAUGGGGCGCAUUUGGGGCACGUGUGGAUGCAGCUCCGGAUGGCGUACGUGUCGCGGGAGUCGCUCGUGGUCGGCUGCGGGAAGCUCGUGUGGGAUCCUAAGAUGAUCGCCGCUCAUUACCUCGGCUCGGCGAAGGGCUUCGCGUUCGAUCUCUUCGUAAUUUUUCCGCUUCCUCAGAUUGUGUUCUUAUGGGUGCUGCCGGAGUUGAUCAAGGAGGAGGAGAUAGAGCUUCUGAUUCCCAUUCUUCUGUCGGUGUUCGUCUUCCAGUUCUUGCCCAAGGUGUACCAUAGCAUCUGUCUGAUGAGAGGAAUGCAGAAGGUCACCGGCUACAUUUUCGGAACCAUUUGGUGGGGUUUCGGCCUCAACCUCAUCGCCUAUUUCAUUGCCUCACACGUAGUUGGUGGCUGCUGGUAUCUUCUUGCAAUUCAACGAUUUGCUUCAUGCCUAAAUCUGCAAUGCCAGAAGAGCAACAGCUGCAAUCUCAUGUCACUGACCUGCUCCACUGCAGGCCUUUCGCCAACUUUCUCAAGCUCCUCUGGUCAUAAUUUAACAGCAUCCACAGGUGGCUGGAAUCUCCAAGCUUGUUUGGACGGCGAUGGCUCAUUUCCAUAUGGUAUAUACGACUCAGCUCCUCCUGUGGUUUCCAGCAAUUCACUCGCCGUCAAGAUUCUUUACCCUGUUUUCUGGGGCCUCAUGACUCUCAGCACUUUUGGCAAUAAUCUGGAACCAACGAGCCAGUGGUUGGAAGUGAUAUUCAGCAUAAUUACUGUGCUGAGUGGUCUCAUGCUCUUCACUUUACUGAUAGGAAAUAUUCAGGUUUUCCUGCAUGUGGUUAUGGCGAGGAAGAGAAAGAUGCAGCUAAGGUGUCGAGACAUGGAAUGGUGGAUGCGGAGGAGACAGCUUCCAUCACGACUAAGGCAGAGAGUGCGACAGUAUGAGCGUCAGAGAUGGGCAGCGAUGAGAGGGGAAGAUGAAAUGGAUAUCAUUCAGGAUCUUCCUGAAGGGCUUAGAAGGGACAUCAAGCGACAUUUAUGCCUAGAACUCAUUAAAAAGGUUCCUCUAUUCCACAACCUGGAUGAUUUAAUCCUAGACAACAUAUGCGACAGAGUCAAGCACUUGGUAUUCUCCAAAGAUGAGAAGGUAAUUAGAGAAGGAGACCCUGUCCAGAGAAUGAUAUUUAUUGUUCAUGGUCGCUUACAAAGCAUCCAGUGUCUGAGCAAAGGCAUGGUUGCAACAAGCAUGUUAGGCCCUGGAAAUUUUGUUGGAGAUGAACUCCUUUCAUGGUGCAUCCGGCGACCAUUCAUUGAUCGCCUCCCACCUUCCUCUGCCACAUUUGAGUGUGCCGAGCCAACCGAGGCCUUCAGCCUCGAAGCACACCACCUUAAGUACAUAACCGAGCAUUUUCGUUACAGAUUUGCGAAUGAGAGGCUCAACAGAACAGCAAGAUAUUACUCGUCGAAUUGGCGAACGUGGGCGGCUGUCAACAUACAGCUAGCAUGGCGGCGCUACAAGAAGAGAAGCAUGAGUGGUGCUGACAUAACGAUUAAAACUGAAGAUCACGAUCGACGGCUGCGGCUUUAUGCUGCAAUGUUCAUGUCCAUCCGGCCUCAUGAUCAUCUGGAGUAGAGUAGAGAUGGAGAGAGAAUAAAAGUCUUUUUUUUUUUACUUGGAUUGGCCUUCCAUGGACUCAACAGAAGCUCAGAAUUUUUAUUGGACAGGUUUUUCAGAGAUGAUAUUACUGAGCUAUGAUUCUGCUAUAUAUUGAAGGAAUGAAUAAGUACAGUUGCUGCGCUGUCCUGACAAACGAUGAUGGUUUUAAUGCCAUUGGGCUUAGAUUGGGUGUAGAAACUGAAGACUUGGGUGAAUAAUUUUAUGAGUCAUCCUUCCCAAAUGAGCAGAAAGAAUAAGGCUGAGCUAAUUUUCAUAAGGUUAAGAGAAUGGAAACCUUCAACUUCAGCUAUCAUUUCAACAAAAUAAGCCUGAAUUAUGGCGAGAGUUGACAAAUUGUUGAGGUUUGAGUCUGUAAUCUGCUAUGAAUUUUCUCAUACUGUUCUGAGUUCUGACAUAAAGCUUGUCCAGGCCUCUUUUAUGCUCAUGAUUUUAAAUGUCAUUUGUUUAAGAGAUGGAGUGUGGCUAGGGGUGGAACCAACAUUAUAAUAUUGGAUAGGGG